UGGGCAUUAGGGCAGCCACAUUUUUCAAUCUCCCAAGAAGUUCAUCUUUUUGCCAUUGGCGAUUUGGCGCCUUGUGAAAAUCAGUACACAAAACGUGGGGAAACGCAAGUUAAACCGGCAUAUUCGUCGGCAUUUUAAUAAGGAAAUUCUAGGAGCACUCUCUUGUUUUCAAAACUAUAAUCGUAACUAGUUUGAAUGCAAUCGAAAGGCUUUAAAAACUAAUUCGUGAAUAUGGAGUGGAUUGAGCCCGUCGAUGUGAAGUCUGCUGUGAAAUUCUCGUCUUCACUGGUGAACUCGGCAGAUGAAGAAUGUCGAAAUAUUAUUCAUGGAUCUAUUACUGAGUCCAACUUGGCGUGGUUUGCCUGUGGAGACAGGCUCGAUGUUGUGUCAACAACACACAGCGGAGUGCAGAGUAGACAUUUCCAAUGUCCACUAGGGCGAGAAUUUGAAAUCACUUGUGUAGCAUCAAUUCCAAAUGAAAAUCUUGCCCUUGUCGGUUUGAGUUCCAGUACUGGCUCUGGUGCUGUAGCUCUUUACAAUUAUGUCACGUCAAUGAUUUUAAAUUCUUGGAGUGUUGCUCAUAAGGUCACUUGCAUUUGUAGCAUGGAAAUUCCAAAUGCGAGUUACAAGCAAUUUUUGAAAUCUGACUGCUUUCUAUUUGCACUGGGCACAGAAGAGGGUCAUGUUAUGUUACUGGCCAUUGAUCAACAUUUCAAGUUUUGUGCUGGCACCCAUCUACUAGAUUUGAAUUUUGUUCACUAUGUCACACCAGAUGACAUUUUACAAAAACGAGUAUUUUUCAAACCUCCAGUGGUUUUGGCCAUUCCUCUUAAUGACUCCAUGUACAGGGCUGGUAAAUUUGUUCUAGAGUCUAUGCAUGAAUCUAAGGCAGUGCUGAGUGUACGACAAGAAGAAAUUAGUGCAACAGUGGUUAAAUACAUACCACAGAAUCAAACCCUAUGUGUUGGUUAUAAUACUCAAGGAGCUUUUCAAAUGUUUAGCCUAAAGUCAUUGGAAUUAGAUUUUAGUGGCUUUGCUCAAGGUUGUAAUGGCGAGCAACUAGGGAGAAUUCUGGAUUUCGUGUUUUUGGAGCCCGAAGAUGACCCACGACAUUUUUGCUACCUGACUGUCGUAGCGCAGAAUUCUUGCGAGGCUUAUGCUGCCCCUUACGCCCUGCUUUACUCGUUGUCGUACGUAAUCAAAGAGGUAGUCUCUGAGGGACGUAUUUUAUAUGAAGAUCUGCAGUACAUAACGCUAAGAUGGGAUCUUAACUUUGGACCCUUGAUCCUUCCCGAGGAUUCCGAUGAAGAGAAUGUCGAAUUAUUGACAUGCAAAAGUCUUGCCUCGUCAAGUAGCCAUGGCAAUCCGAGAGCGACCACUGGUCAUGGCCUUUGUUAUUUCGCCAUGACCUGGAAAAGCGGAGUGAACUUGGCCAUCUUUGACCUGAACCAAUGGUACCAGGCCCAGAUGCCUCCUCGAUGGAUCUUUGACGAUUCGUCUCGAAUGUGUCCUUUUAUGGGAUUCUACCAGGCCCAAACAUCCGCGAGCGCUCGUUCGGUCCGACAAGUGUGGAUUCAACCGUCCACGCUGUCCAUCUUUCAUCGGUCAUCCACCACACCCACCGAAGGAUUCUUUUACCCAUCGGCCCUGAGUUUCCGUGCCGUUGUCGUCUGUCCCCAAGAGUCGGAAAUUGUUUUGUUCUUGGGCAUCCAGUCGUUCCUUCUCCAAAAGUUAUCACAAGCAGGUGCUCAAGUUCUAAAUCACCCUCACCGCUUCUACGUUCAGGCGAUGAAGGCCGGUCUGACACCUACUGAGACCGUCGCGCCCCACACAACCCAAAUGACGGAAGCUUUAUUGAACAUUGGUCUAGAGAACAACUCGAGAUCUUUCUUGGUUUCCUGCAUCAAGGACGAAGGAGCCAAUUUGAACUUUGUGGAGAAAUGGGCAUGGCAGCAGGUGGUCAACUUGAAAUCGCUGCGAGAAAACCUUUGCCACAUCCUUUUCGACCAUUCGACCCAAGAUAUUGAGCGACAGAUGCACACUCAACUCUAUCACGUGACGCAUCAGUUCAACAAUUUGGCAGUCCUCUACGACGUGAUGGACAAGCGCAUCCGGGCCUUGAAUUCCGGUGUCAAUGACAAACUCCGCGACAAAUCACGAGCUAUUUACCUACUAAGUUUGCAUUUGGAGACUGUCCUCUGGUUCCUUCAUGGUGGACUCUUGCCGGAAGUGGACGAGGAUAGCGUUGAAGACGAGGAGUGCACCAACUCUCUGCCUUACCCACGCCGCAAACUUGAGCAUUUCUACCGGAGCAGAAAGAUGGAAAUUGAAAGUCUCAGCUCUUCUGUCAAAGCAGCCGAAGUGUUGCUGAUUGAACAACUGGUCCCUUCAUCCGUCGUUUCAUUGUGGGCGGAAGAAAGAGGAACGGUCAAUCCACAAGAAAUUCAAACUUAUCCUCCUCCAUCACUGUACGCGCUGCUUUCGGCUUAUUUGCGACCGGAUGUGGAUGACGUAACGAAACAUCGACUUGUGCAGUACGUGUUUAUGGAUCUGACGUGGAUUUACGGUCCCCGUACCAAUUUCGGUAACAUUUUGCAGCACCUGGUGACGUUCCCGUCGACCUACUCGCUGAAGCCCAGCAUGAUCAAGGUGACGCAAGCUUUUUGGCAUUUGGAUCACCAGAACUUCGACGACGCUCUCAGCAUGUUGCUGGAUCCUUUGGUACACACGAUGGACAUCACCAAUGCGCAGCAGAGGGCCAUCCUUCGUUCGUUUCUCUACCAGGAUAAGCGUCGUCACGCUCUCAAAUACGCCACUCUGCGCCAGCCAGUCUGUCCUGAAUUAGAAGACAUUCAACUCCACCUAACGAUCCUCAUCGCCAACGGAUUGAUCAGCGACGCCCUUAGUUACAUCAGACGCAACAGGAACCAGCGCAACAGCGUCGAACUGAUGCAGCACCUCCUCAACGGAUGCCAGGAGAUGCGAAAGAUCAGCGUCCUCCUGACAUUGCCUUUGUCCGAUGAAGAAGAGGAUCACGUUACGAAUUUCUUGAAACAGAGCAGGAAUAUCGACCUCCAGGAAGCUCUGCUCCUCUUUUACAUCCAACGGUGCAAGUACCCCGACGCCAUCGCUUACAGCCAACGUUUGAACCAAAUGUGGCCGGCCCGCGACGCCAUUUCCAGGGAGCGUUUCAAUCGCCGUGAAAUGCUGAUGCAGACGUUGAUCGGCGCCUUACCUCCCAUCACCUGCAAAUUAGCCGCUAUCGCAAAUUCACGACCCACAUCUUCAUCGACUUCUUCCGGAGGUUCGAAAUUCCCGCGACCGCUUUCCGUCGCCGUUUUACCGGCCACUUCUAAAAUUCAGUCGACUGGGUCAAAUUUCUUCCGCACGGUGAUUGAGCAGUCCCGAGCCACUUGGCUCAUUGAACAGAAACUUCACCAAGAGGUUCAGACUCCGUUGAGACCCAGGAAACGCAAAUUUGACAUGCCAGAGGCCGGAUCGUAUCCGGAUGAGACCCAACUGGAAACGACUCCUUUCUUGUGCAACAUUGUCCAACCCGCACAGCGCAACAUCACCCUGGGCAUGUCGCUAUGUUUCCCGUCUCCUAAAGCCAACGCAGACUCUUCCUCGAUGGAUAUUACUUCCGUUGCCCAACUGGAUGCGGAUAUCAGUCAUCCGAAACAAGGAAAACGACCACGAUUCUCUCUGUUUCCCAAAGCCAUUGCAGCUGUCAAAACAGAUGCUGAAGUUGUGUCUGUUCUUCAAACUCCGCCCAUCCGCCGAUCUAGGGCGUUCCAUUCUUCAGUGUCCGAAGUAGAUGGCAACAAUAGCAGUCGACCUUCGUCCAUUUUGAAAGAUAAGAUGCGUCGCUUCAUGAACUUUUCAGCGUUCGACGCCGGCGGCCGCCCCAUCAGCGAUGCCGAUCCGUCGGAAUCAGAGACGGAAAUGGAGAUUUCGACAGCGUCGGCCAAACAUCUUCGUUUCUCUCUACCGCAAUCACAAGUUAUCGCCUCUCCCCCGUUGGCAUUAGACAUGUCUGAAAUCCCCUCUGCGCCGGAAGCAGUGGAGGAUGACAUGGAAGUGGUGAUGGAAGAAGAUGUCCAAGCAGAAGUGACACAUUCCAAUCUACAGACGGAAGAGUCUCAAUUCCUCAGUUUCGAAGAAGACAGCGAACCUCUUCCUCCUCAACCUUCUCUUCCGGAAGUUGCUCAAGCGGAAGUGCCUGAGGAAAUCGUCCAUCCACAAGAAGAGAUCCUUGCUCCAGUAGCCCUGGAAGAGGAAGAUGUUGUCGAUGAUGUUGUCGAUGAUGUAAACGAUGUCGAUUAUGUCGAUGAUGGUGAACAUUCUGAUGUUGGUAUGGAACUGACGAACUUAGAGGCUACAUCCAUCCAACCUGCUCAACUCUUUACUAUUCUCGAGUCUCACACUGUCGUGAUGGACGAUGACUUCGAGAGGGUAGAAGCAACGACGUUGACGACUUUGGACCCCAUCACCGUCGCCGAGAAAGAACCUGCGUCAUCUCUUCCGAUUCCCUCACUGCAAUCGAGACCUCAGCAACAGGAAUCGAGUGGAUCGUCUAAUAGUGAUGAAAGCGAAAUUGUCUGCCUGGAUUCCAGCAGUGACGAGGAAGCAGCUGGUGCUGAAGCGACUGGCCAAGUAGAAGGUGAAGACUUAGACGAAGAAGAGGAAGAAGAUUCUGAAGAAAUUGAGGAAGAGGAACAAGAAGAAGAAGAGGAGGAGGAUGAAGGAGUCGAAGGUGCUGAAAGAGAAGUAGGAGAAGUUCAAGAUGACGAAGAAGUCGAACAAGUUCAAGAUGACGAAGAAGUCGAAGAGGAAGAAGUUAAAGAUGACGAGGAAGUCGAAGAAGAAGAAGAGAGAGACCAGGAGGAUGAACCUAUUGCAAUUGCCGAAAGGUCAAUUGAAGAAGUCGACGUACAAUCUGACAGCGAUGAACAAGAAGUCUGUGAGGAUGUUCCUAACGUUCCCGAAACUCGUACGGAAUUUAUCUCUGAACCAGAAGACGAAGAAUCGAAUACCGUACCCGAUGCCCCUGAAGAAGAUCAUCAGCCCGAACGGGAAGCGACUGAAGCUGAUCUUAAAGAAGAUGACUUGCAAGAAGAAUCUUUUGUCCCAUCCAUCGACUCUAAUGAAGAGGACGACGUUUCCGAAUACUCUCACAGUAUGGAAGGAUCUGACGAAGAACAAGAGCCUCAGGUCAAAAACGAAACACUCGAUGAUUCAUCUUCCUCAUCUGAAGCAACUGGGAGAAGCCUAAAAUAUUCAUCGGCCGGGCAGACUACCAUGUCUAACACCACUUACAAGAAGCGAUUCACAAUGUCUUCGUCUUCGUCUUCUUCAUCCGAAGAGGAGGAGGAAGAAGAAGAAAAACCAACCAUUGAAUCUGACGAGGAGCUCCGCCAGCAAGAAAUGGCUGCCCUUCGUAAACCUGUCGUCAGCGGCUACAGUCAAGUUGAACCGGACUUGGAAUGUAUUAUCGAUGAGGAAGAAGAGGCUGCAACUCCUGUCGACCAAGAACCAGUCAAAAUGGAAGAGGAAGAAGAGGAGGAGGAAACUCAACAAGAUCCAGCGCAAAUCAGUGGCUACAGCCAAGUCGAACCUGAUUUGGAAGACAUUGAAGUCAUUGAAGAUGAAGAAGAACAGCCAGAAGCCGCUACUGUUGAACAACCGACUGCAGAACUCAGCGCAGAUCUAGUCGAUUCACCGCAAAGUCCCGUAUCUGAAGGAGCUGCUGCGACUUCUUCGUCGGAAGACGAUGAUAGUUGCGUGGAAGUUGACUCGGAUGACGAGAAGAAUGAAGAAGAACAAGAAGAUGAGGAAGAGGAAAAUUUUGAGUUACAACUCACAGAGACGCCAAAGUCCAAUGUGACUCGUCGCUCAUCCCGUCGCCGUCGGUUUUCCAUGUCAUCCGCCGAAGAUAGCCCCGCAGAAAAUGAAACAAUCCACGAGGAAGAAGAAAGUCAACAUGAAAAUCAAGUCAUCCCAGAGGAAGAAGAGAGUCUACGUGAAAAUCAGGUUACCCCAGAGGAAGAAGAAAACCAACAAGAAAAUCAAGUAAUCGAACCGGAAUUGACGCCUACUUCCGAUUCUCAAAGUGGCCAACUUAACCCGGAUGAAAUUGCCGAGCAAGAAAGGCAGCGCAAACUCCGCAUCCAACGGAGUAGCGUCUUUAAGAGUCGACUUCAUCUGACGGAUAGUGAGGCUUCAUCCAGUGAGGAGGAGGAAGAAGAAAUCCAAGAGCAGGUUCAUCAUGUGGCUGAAAGUGAAACGGAGCAAGCUCCUGUGGUUGAAACGGAGCAAACUCUUGCGGUUGAAAUGGAACAAACUCCUGCGGUUGAAAUGGAAAAAGAGCCCAGUGAGAAUCCCGUUGAGGAGGAAACAGAAGAAGAAGUACCUGAAUCCAAAGUGGAACCCAACGAAUCUGAUGAAGAACAGCUGGAGGAGGGUGGCAUUGAAGCUGAAAAUUCGGAAGAAUCUAGCCGUUCCGAAGGUUCAACGACGGAUGAAAACGAGGAACUGCGGGAUAUUUUACAAGCCCACGAGAGCGUCGAAAUUCCUUACAUCCCAAACACUACCAUCAUCACCACAGGAUUGCAUCUAUCGACGAUAGAUGAGGAGCGAUCCUUAGACCAAUCAGUAGCCUCGGCCCUUAUCAAAUCGGGCAGAAGUCCUACGCUGGAUGCUGUUGGUGAAGAGGAGGAAGCACAAGAGCCUCAGGCAGAGACAUUAGAAGAGGCAGCCGAAAUGAACACAGAAGAACCUUCUGAAUCAAACGCACAUUUAGAUACUUUAGAGGUAGCUAAGGUGGAAGACGGAUCACUCAGAACUUUUGAACAGUUGCAGCCAUUGUCUUCCGAAGAUGAAGAAACGACUGUACCGACCCUCCCGAAAAGGGGUAGAGGACGACCCAGGUCGUCAAAACUCGUUACUCAAGUUUUGCUUCCAUUUAACUCGAGACGGAGCAUCUGGGAUAGCGAUAACCGUGAAGAUCGGGAUCGUUCGCCUGAAGGCUACACCUCUGAGCCACCACAGACGUUUGAAGAUAUUCUUGACGCCACAACCAAGAAGAGAACAAGGAGAAACAGUUCAUCCGUCCCCAGCGUUUCUUCGCAAGUUGUAACUCGACGUCGAUCCACCCGUCUGUCGACUUCCAUUAGCGAAGCUCCUCCCACUCCUAUCAACGAGGAAGCAGCUUUCUCAACAGCGAUGGCUGCCCUCGAAACUACUCCGCAAAAGUCUACCAACAAGAGGUAUUCAGGUUUGGCCGAACAAUCAUCGGCUCCGCCUAGUUGCGAAGUUAGCCCGUCCGACAGUACCUAUUCCGGAAGGAGUAGCGCGCCAGGUACUCCAAUGCGACGAUCUGCCCGGAUAUCAGCCUUGCGCGAUAGAACUCCUGAACCGACGGCCUCAACGGAUGCACUUUUAGCUGGUCUUGCCGGACGCAUUCGCAGACACAGUUCUGGUCCUGGAGGUCCCGAUGUGACGACGGCUUCACCUUUGCGGCGAUCCGGUCGAAAGUCCAAUGUUUCCAGAGACAAUUCGCCAACGGAUAGUUGGACGUCAGAACCGCCUCCACAGAGUACCAGCCGGGAAUUGACACCCAGUCGGAGGAAACACACGCCGGCCAAGGGGUUGCUGCUGAGAAGCGCCCAAAAAUCGGUGGCCCUCAAUUUGUUCCCUGUUGAAGAAGAGAAGGAAACCGAAUUCCAGCUACCGGAAGAAUUUCAUCACAAGAUGCAAGCCGGAUUGUCAUAUCAGGAUCUCUCUGUUGCCCCAGUGGACUCGGACGAGUCCAUUAGUCACGAUGAAAUGUCUCUCCAAAGUGAUAGCAGCAGCGUCAAGAAACAGAAGAAACCUCGCAGCCGACCUUCGUCCGUGUCGUCCGUGUCGUCCGGCCGUUACAACCUGCGACGAGGUGCUAGUGUACGACCUUCCGAGUUGGACAUCAUUUCCGAAGAAGCCGCUGCUGCAGCAGCUGCGGAAUCGGCGACUUCCAGCAACAAGCGAAGUCGAGAAGAUGGUUCAGAAGAAAGCUCAGACCAAGGAGAACAAGCUGGUCCGUCUCAGGAAGAACCAGUUGAGGAAGGAGAGGGAGACGAAGGUGAAGAGUCGAGCCAAAAAGCGGCCCAACCCAAGAGGGUGGUUCGCAAUAAGAAAAGAAAGACCACCAAUAAACAGGAAGAAGAAGGUCCGGAAGAGCUACGUUUCGCUCCCACAUCCCGACCACCGCCUAAAAAUCUUCCGAAACGAGAUCCGGUCAUCAAAGCUCGAACUUCGUCUGUGCGACGUUCGAUGCGACUGGAUAAAUAAGAAUUGGUGCACCAAUACUAAAAGGAACAUAAAUCGAUUACUCAUAAAACAAGAAAAUAGGAGAACCAGAAAAGAGAUAACUUAAUUUUUUUUUCUUUAUUAUUUUAAGUCGAAUUCCCCCCCCCCUCCUCCGCCUACCUGUUUAGUUAUCAUAAUAUUAUGUAAUUGGCUUUAUCAUUCAUCAAAGUGAAUAAAAUGAUGUGGUAAUGAAA